AUGGCUCAAGCAUUCGUGAACGGCAAAAUCCAGCCUGGGAAGGUGGAGGUGUCCCUCAAGCCCACCUGCCCCUACUGCAGAAGGACCCAGGAGCUCCUCAGCCUACUGCCCUUCAAACAAGGGCAUUUGGAAUUUGUCCAUAUCAUAGCCACUGGUGACAGCAACAAGAUUCAAGAUUAUCUGCAACAGCUCAUGGGAGCCAGAAUGGUACCUCUGGUCUUUAUUAGUAAAGAAUGUGUAGGUGGAUGCACCAAUCUAGUAAGCAUGCAUAAGAGAGGGGAGCACUUGACUUGCCUGAAGCAAACUGGAGCUCUGCAAUAA